UCACUGUGUGCGCGCCUUUGUUAUGUCACCGACUGGAAACACGGUCAGUUUUGGUUUGACACGACACACCGGCGCAUCUUAGCUUCGAGCUCCGAUUGUGAAGUCUGUCCUUCGGCAAAAUGUCGGAGGCUUUGCUGCAGUGGUGUGUGGACCAGCUGCACCAUAAGUUCGGGCUGGAGGCGUGUGAAGACAUCGUCCAAUACAUUCUAUCCAUUGAAAAGGCUGAAGAGAUUGAGGAGUAUGUGGGAGACCUCCUGCAGGGCACAGACGGGAGAAAAGGGCUCUUUAUCGAUGAGCUCCUGAUGAGAUGGAAGAAAACUCAAAGACAGACUGCAGACAAUGCAAAUCUGUUUGUUCUCAAGGAACCUGUCUCAUCCCCAGAUUCACAAGACAUGAGCAAAGACACCCAGAAAAAGGGCAAACGCAAGGGUCGUAACAAACAGGAAGUGAUGACUGCGAGUCCAGUAGAGCCUGAGCCAGAGCUAGUCAAAACCCCCAUGGAUCUGAUGAGGGCUCAAGAAAACAAUAGCACGCCUUCUUCAACAAAGAAAAAAAACAAGUUUGUCAGUCUCUAUAAUAAAGAGGGACAGGACAGGCUGGCUGUUAUACUCCCAGGUCGACAUGCCUGUGAGUGCCUUGCCCAAAAGCACAAACUUAUCAACAACUGCAUCAGCUGUGGUCGCAUUGUGUGUGAGCAAGAGGGCUCAGGACCCUGCCUCUUCUGUGGAAACCUGGUCUGUACAAGAGAGGAGCAGGAGAUCCUGCAACGAGAGUCCAACAAAAGUCAGAAACUAAGAAAGAAGCUAAUGGGAGACGCUGGAGAAAGAGAUUAUCUUCCACACCAGGAGGCCAUGAUGAAGGCCGGUUUGGAGAAGGCAGUCCAGCACAAAGAGAAGCUGCUGGAAUACGACAGGAAUAGUGUCAGGAGAACGCAGGUUCUGGAUGAUGAGUCGGAUUACUUUGCCACCGAAUCCAAUCAGUGGUUGUCACCCGGUGAGCGAGACAAGCUGAGGAAGAAAGAAGAGGAGCUCAGAGAGCUUCGGCAUGCCUCUCGCAAGGACAGGAAGAUCACAUUGGACUUUGCCGGCCGCAAAGUGACGGAAGAGGGAACAAACCUGAACGAAUACUACAACAAGUUGGAUGAGACCCUCAAGUCUAUGAGUAACGACUCUGUGUCAAACUCACCGAAGUAUUCUGACAGACCUGGUGGAAAGCAGAGCAGCGGAGAGCUGGUCAACCCCAACAUAAUGCAGUCUGCACCAGAGUGGGUGGAUGUUGGAGGCAGGGACAACAACAAGAGAAACGUCGAUCUGGGAAGGGGUUUGACAGAGGAAAAGGGAAAAGAAGAUCGCUCUAGGCUGCGGCUCCAAGACAAAGAGCUGCAGGAGAUGGCCGACGGGGGCUGGUGCCUCAGCAUGCACCAGCCAUGGGCCUCACUACUGACCAGAGGCAUCAAGAGGGUAGAGGGCCGAACAUGGUACACAUCCCACCGGGGUCGUCUUUGGAUCGCUGCUGCAGCCAAGAAGCCCACCCCUCAGGAGUGUGCUGAGGUGGAGGCCAUGUACCGCCACAUCUACAAGAGAGAGCCCAAGUUUCCUAAAGAGUACCCCACCGGCUGCCUGUUGGGCUGCGUCAACGUGACCGACUGUCUGUCUCAGGAGCAGUUCAGACAACAGUUCCCCGAUACCUGUGAGGAGUCUGCCUCUCCAUUCGUCUUCAUCUGCACCAACCCCCAGGAGCUGCUGGUGAAAUUCCCCAUGAAAGGGAAGCACAAGAUCUCGGGCCUUGAGCUCUCAGAAAGGUCACUCUGUCCCUUUGAUGGUGUUUUGAUUCAUCCCUUCCUCUUCUCUCCCCUCCCACACUUCCCUUUCACCCCCUUUCUCCCACAGGGAAGCUGGAGAGUCACUACCACCAGGGUGCCAAGAAGGGGCUGGUCCCGUCAGCUGCAGAGUGACGUGAUAGGAGAGGCUGAGGAGGAAAAACAGUCCCAUCUCACAGGAACACGGAGGAUUAUUUGUUCUGAAAGAUGGCCACAUUCUCUGCUCGGUUGUCCCAGUGAGGAGAUGUCAGUGCUGACAUAUUAAGUUUCAACUGUGUUUUUUCAUGAAAUGAUGCAGUACAGAGAUAUAUAAUCACUUUGACAAAUUUCUACAUUCUGCUUUUUUGUCUGUAUUCAACUGAUUGCGGAAAUAAAAGGUUUCACUACGUGCUUC